UAGCGCCGGCGCACUGCGUCGGUCACAGGCUGGCUACUGCGGUGUGGUCCUCGUUUCCCUGAGUGUUUGACCGGGAGACAGGAAAAUGGUGCUGGAUCUGGAUUUGUUUCGGGUGGAUAAAGGAGGGGACCCAGCCCUCAUCCGAGAGACUCAGGAGAAGCGCUUCAAGGACCCGGGUCUAGUAGAUCAGCUGGUGAAGGCAGACAGCGAGUGGCGACGAUGUAAGUACCGGGAUGCGCAGGGCUCUGGUGGCGCAAGGUCCCUUCUGCGCGUGCUCAAUGCUGACCGCUGCCAAAGCGGCUGGAAAGGAGCGCGGCGCAUGCGCAUCAAGAGCUGUCAAACCUCCCUGCUUCUCCGAUAUAUGAAAAAAGAGCCAGUGGGAGAUGAUGAGUCUGUUCCAGAGAAUGUGUUAAAUUUUGAUGACCUCACUGCAGACACUUUAGCUAACCUGAAAGUCUCACAAAUCAAAAAAGUCCGACUCCUCAUUGACGAAGCCAUCCUGAAGUGUGAUGCAGAGAGAAUAAAACUGGAAGCAGAGAGGUUUGAGAACCUCAGAGAGAUUGGGAACCUUCUGCACCCUUCUGUGCCCAUCAGUAAUGAUGAGGAUGCAGACAAUAAAGUAGAGAGAAUUUGGGGUGAUUGUACCGUCAGGAAGAAAUACUCUCAUGUGGACCUGGUGGUGAUGGUAGAUGGCUUUGAAGGAGAAAAGGGAGCCGUGGUGGCUGGGAGUCGAGGAUACUUCCUGAAGGGGGUCCUGGUGUUCCUGGAACAGGCACUUAUCCAGUAUGCCCUCCGCACCCUGAGAAAUCGGGGAUACACUCCCAUUUACACCCCAUUUUUCAUGAGGAAGGAGGUCAUGCAGGAGGUGGCACAGCUCAGCCAGUUUGACGAAGAACUUUAUAAGGUGAUUGGCAAAGGCAGUGAGAAGUCUGAUGACAACUCCUAUGAUGAGAAAUACCUGAUUGCCACCUCAGAGCAGCCCAUCGCUGCUCUCCACCGGGACGAAUGGCUGCGGCCAGAGGAUCUGCCCAUCAAGUAUGCUGGCCUGUCUACCUGCUUUCGCCAGGAGGUUGGCUCCCAUGGUCGUGACACCCGUGGCAUCUUUAGAGUCCAUCAAUUUGAGAAGAUUGAGCAGUUUGUAUACUCAUCACCCCAUGACAACAAGUCAUGGGAGAUGUUUGAAGAGAUGAUUGCUACCGCCGAAGAGUUCUAUCAGUCUUUGGGGAUCCCUUACCACAUAGUGAAUAUUGUCUCAGGUUCUUUGAAUCAUGCUGCCAGUAAGAAGCUCGACUUGGAGGCCUGGUUUCCAGGCUCAGGAGCCUUCCGAGAGUUAGUUUCCUGUUCUAAUUGCACAGAUUAUCAGGCCCGCCGGCUCCGAAUUAGAUACGGGCAGACCAAGAAGAUGAUGGACAAGGUGGAGUUUGUCCACAUGCUCAAUGCUACAAUGUGUGCCACUACCCGUACCAUCUGCGCCAUCCUGGAGAACUACCAGACAGAGAAGGGCAUUGUUGUGCCCGAAAAAUUGAAGGAAUUCAUGCCACCAGGACUCCAAGAACUGAUCCCCUUUGUGAAGGCUGCACCCAUUGACCAGGAGCCUUCAAAGAAGCAGAAGAAGCAACACGAGGGCAGCAAAAAGAAAGCGGCAGCCAGAGAUGUUGCCCUGGAAAGCCGGCUGCAGAACCUGGAGGUCACCGAUGCCUGAACAUUCAUUCCUUCUUCCUGGUUUGCUGGGCUUCAUUUCUGUCAGCUGGGAUCUCAGAGCCUGCCAGAGCAGGAGCUGAGCACCCUCUCAUCACCCUGUCCCAUCUGACUGCACAGCUGCAAGGGGAACUGUCUGCCAUGUACAGUGCAGGCACCUUGUCUCCUUGCAUGGGCACAGGGUCUACCACUGACUGGUAAAACCAUAUAAUAAAGCAUCACUGGGGAGGGCUUCA